AUGAACCUUUUACUCUGCCUUGCUGCCAUGCUUGGUGCCGCAAUCAAUGUAGAGGCUUUCCAAAAUUCGCCCAAAGGUCUUCACUUUGUAGGUGUUGGUUACAAUCUUCUGGAAGGAAACCCCGAGGGGGGCGAUGUAUCAAACGGUGGUGUUGACCCAGGACUCCUGUUCACCAGAAAAGUCUUCAAGCUGACAUGGGAAGAAAACAAAGUCUCUCUAGACAAGAAGUAUGUUGUACCAGAUCAGGUCAGCUUUGCCCCACGUCAGUCUUGCGUCAAAACAAAUAAAAAGGAAGUUUUUUCAGGUUCCAAAAGCUACCAGGAAAAACUUAGUGUGGAUGUACAAUCUAGCGGUGGAUACAAUGCAAUAUUGUGGAACGUUGCCUUUUCUCUAAGUUCAAGAUAUGAGCAGGUGAAGAAAGAAACAUCAAAAUACCACAAUGUGUUUUAUGAAGAGAAGCAUGUGUGCAAUCGUGGCCGAGCUCGAUACCAAAUGGACUUGGCUCGAGUCAAGAAGUAUUCUGUGUCAGAGGACUUUGCAGCAGCUGUUUGUAUUUUACCAGAAGAAUACAAUCAGCAGGCCUACUUCAAAUUCAUCGAGAACUGGGGAACACACAUUGUGGUAGAAGUUGAUCUUGGUGAGAGGAAGACUGAUCGAUCCAAAUCCACAAACUCUGAGUUCACCAAAUACGCCAUGAAUAACAUGGAAAACUCAGUUUCCGUGUCAGGAGGUUAUAUGGGUUCCAAGGCCUCCCUCAAAGUUGACAUGAAAAAAUUUAAAGAAUCCAUGUCGGAUAAAACCGAAUUCGGAGAACACAAGGUGUCGUUCACAUCCGGAGGCGUUGAUAUGCCUGAGCCUAUUGGAAUAAGGAUUGUGCCAAUAUACGAAGCCUUUGAUGUCAGUUUCUACGCAAAGCUUGAUCACCAGAACUCUGCACGAUGCGUCCAUUCCAGCGAGCUUGUCGGAACUCGAAGGGAACACGUCAAGAAGGCAUUAGAAGAGUAUCCGAAACUCAAGAAAGCUGAGGUGCCUACAGAUCCUGAAGUACGAAUUCCUCUCACUUGGCCAGUUGGAACGUAUGGCCUUCCCAUGCCAAAGGCAGGUUGUCCUAAGAAUACAAAGUUUGCUUGGCACGUUGGAACCCGCUACCAAGAUACUGAGGAUGCUUUUGGAAAGAACCGCUGGUCAAGUCCGUAUGACUUGGCAGGGUCAUUAGCCAAAAGCAACAUGGAGCAGAAGUUUUGCAUGAAAACAGAGGAAGGAGACAAGAAAAAUGGUCUGCAGUGGCCAAGAGGUCAAUACUGUAUUCUGAAGAAGGGAGAAUGUGCCGAAGGUUUCCAGCAAGGACACAUCAGAUGGGAUGACGAGAACAGUAACAAUAAAAACAGACACUCUGGAGCGCUUCCAGACGGCGUGUAUGACAGGAACACUCACAUUCAGUACUGCUGCCGCACGGAUGGUCACGCCACCAAUGCCAUAAUUCUUCCCACAGACUCCCCAUUCGUGCUGUUGAAGUCCAACACUCAUCAGUGUCAGCAUGUCCGAGGAAUGCGAGUCCGAAGUGAAUAUUUCCAAUGGGAUUGUGAAGAUUGGUUUCCGAAAAACUAUGGCGGUGGAUCCAGACCUUAUGAACGCGUCGCUUUUAGUUCAAGUAAUGUUUCAAACGCCACAUCACUUCUGCUUAAGGUAUGGAAUAUAAUAAGCAGUGGUUCAAGUAAUAAGGGACUGAAGUUAGAUGCGCGAAAUUUAAACCUGCUUUGUCAAGAACGAGCAAACAGUCGUCAUCCGUACUCCGAGUCGUAA